AUGCAGAAUUCCUAUGAACCUAGUCUGCACAGUAGUUCAGAAAUUUGGGGGUAUAAUGCGUAUACUGCAUGCAGCCUGCAGGAAGUCGAUUAUUAUCUUAGGUCAGCAUUGCAGAACAGAAUAAGCUUGGCGAAUGAAAAUCGAGCUCAACUUAUUCAUAACAAUUCCACACUAAUGACUCGUAUAGAAUGUCAAAAUCACGGCCCCCUCACUCCCCACCGGGCCACUCUACCCACUUCGGUGGAGAAGCGUCAACGACUAGGAGAUAGCUAG